AUGGCCAAAAAAAUCCUUCCAGCCUUGAUAUCGGCUGGCUACCUCUUUGAUUCAACCCAAGCUCAAGCUGGAUUGCCAGCACGAGCUCAGUUGCCAGGUGCACCAUCUUUUGUUGUCCCAUCUGCUUUUCCUACUUCAGUAUUCUCGAGUUAUUACUUAAAGCCAGCUGCAACUUCUGAGCCUCAGCCUGCUCUUUACGAUCCGAUAUUGAACAUCACUUAUCCUCUGAACCUGACCGAUCCUACGACCAUACCAACUGCAGUCGGCGAUCCAGUUUACUUUCCAGAAGCCGUCGGCAACUUAAAUAAUACACCUCCCGAAACCCUGGUUCAAAAUGCGCUAAAUGAGAUUAAGGACAUCAUCUUUAAUGAUACCGCGUUCUCUAGCAAUUGUACGAAAUGCAUUGCUGCUUUGAAAGUUGGAAAAUUACUCGCACAACAGGCACCAUUAUAUGUACCCGAUGCUUUAGUUUCGUUGUGUCAAGCCACGGGCUUUGCAAAAAACACGGCCUGCAAGAACAAUUAUGCACCCGGGAGCUGGGGUGCAAUAUGGACUCAAGUUCUGUCAUUCGCCAACGUUAGUGGCUCAGACGGACAAUAUAUUUGCAGCUCUCUAAGCACUUCUUAUUGUCCAACUCCCACUGCGAUAACGCUGAAUACUACUGGCUUGUGGAAACCAAAGCCAAUCAAGGCAAAAGCCCCAAAACCAAGUGGAAAGCGAAAGAAGGUCCUCCAUCUUUCAGAUUUCCAUCUUGAUCCCAGGUACCAAGUUGCCUCAGAAGCUAGUUGUUCUUCCGGUAUGUGUUGUAGAUACACAAAUGCUCCUACCUCUCCAGCAGUCUUUCCUGCGCCAUUAUACGGGUCUUACAAAUGCGAUACUCCAUAUUUCCUUGCGCUCGCAGCUUUACAAUCCAUUGGAGCUUUAACUGGUACUGGUGUUCCUGGCUCUGAACCUGCAUUCACAAUAUAUACAGGUAUUUCUACCAAACCUAUCUCUGGAAUUCUCAUUAACCGUUUUGCUAGCUUACCUGGUCCUCUUGGCAAACAAUUUAGCUGGAAUUAUGACCACGUCUCCUCGUUGUGGCAGCAUGAAGGGUGGUUGAGUAAAGCAGAUGCGGAUGAAGCUGCUAUCCACUACGCUGCCUACUCAGUCAAGACACAUCUCGGACUUCGAAUAAUCACAAUGAAUACCGAUUUUUGGUACCGAUCUAAUUACCUAAAUUUCAUUAAUACAACAGAUCCUGACGUUUCGGGCACAUUUAAGUUUAUGAUAGAUGAGCUUCAAGCGGCGGAAGAUGCCGGAGAGAGGGUAUGGAUCAUCGGCCACGUAUUGUCCGGAUGGGAUGGAACUAAUCCACUGCCUAAUCCAACAAAUCUUUUCUAUCAGAUAGUCGACCGUUUUUCGCCACACGUUAUUGCCAACGUCUUCUUUGGACACACGCAUGAAGAUCAAGUCAUGAUAUACUAUACAAACAACGCAACAGUCCAAAACUCCUCAACUGCUUUAAUGUCGGGCUGGAUCGGUCCCAGCGUAACCCCAUUAACCAAUCUCAAUUCAGGAUUCCGAAUGUACGAGAUCGACACGGGAACCUUCGACGUCAUGGAUGCAUACACCUUCUACUCAGACGUGAAUUCAUAUUCUAAUCUCAAUGGGACUGGUCCUACGUACCAAUUCGAAUACUCUACACGAGCCACGUACGGGCCUUCCAUUUCUUGGCCUGAAGAUGCACCACUCAACGCAACGUUUUGGCACCAGGUUACAGAAGCUAUGGAGGUUAAUAAGACGUUAGUGGAGGUCUUUAAUACGUAUCAAGGGAAGAGUUCGGUCAAAAGUCCUAAUUGUACGAGUGAUGCGUGUGCGGAGGCUAAGGUCUGUUAUAUAAGGAGUGGUAGUGCGCCGAUUGGACGGGCAUGCCCACAAGGGUUUGCUAGUGUGCAGAGUCCGUAUACUGGAAAGAAUUUUUGA